ACCUUAUUUUUUUUCAAUUUCUCUAUAUAUCAUGGAUUUGUUUUGGAAGGAAUAGAGUAAAAAAAUUAGACCGCGUCGAUCAUACAAAAUACUUUUUAAAGAAAAGAAUUAAAAUCAUUUGAAAUAAUUUCAAUGGUUACUUUAUGGAAUGCGUUUAUUCAUUUUCAGAGCCAGUACGCGGAUUUUAAUUAAACAAUAAUUUAAAUAAAAGAAACUCAUAAGUAAAUGUAUGUGCUUUAUAACAUAAAAUAAUACCUACAUAUAUUUAUUUAAGCAUUUAUUAACAGCAAUAUAUCAAAUUUCUAAUUGAAAACAAAAAUAAAUGCGCUCAUCAAAUAAAAAAAUGUAGUUGCUAUCAUGAACCGGGAAUUCGUGCAUCACAAUCGGUGGGCAAAUCGUUGAAAAAUAUUAUUGAUGUUAAAUUUCUGGUUAUCAGUGUUCAACACAUGGUUUUUUAACAACACGUUGAAAAUUAUUAAUCAAUGACAACUAAGAACUGCACCGUUAUUUGUACACAUCUAUGCUUAAGCCACAACAGCCAGGGCUGUUUUAAAGUACAUGUGAGCCCAUGGAUCUUUCGAUUAUAACUUGUUUGACCUUUUCGAAAAAUAUUUGAAUAAAAAGCUUUGGGCUUUCACUUCUACUGGGAUUUUGUUGAAAAAAUACUUUUUUUACAAACAAAUUAAAAAGCUGUUCCGUAUUCGCUAUUUUAUUUCGGUAGAUCUUCUAUUCUUUUUUCAAUUAAUUAAGUAAGUAAGUUUCUAUUUCUUAGAGUAAUAGGGGCCCUCGCCUCUCAAUAUUUUAAGUUGGUACCUACCUGAUAUGAAAGUAAAGUUUAAAAAAAAUUAACGUUUGCUUAAGCUACAAUUCAUUUAUCUUAAGCAACUACUGUCAUUUGAUCUGAAACUGUCGUGUGUAAAGUUAAAUUUAGUGUUGUGUUAAAAAAGUGAUAAGUUAAAAGUUAGAAUGGACUUCUCAUCUGAUGACUGUGAAGCUGAUCCCAGUUAUUUUCCUAGCAGCAGUAAAAAAUUAAAACGAAUAAAUCGUGAACCGAUUGAAAAAGAAGCUAAAAUAAGAAAACUGGACAGCAAUUCAACUGUUCUACCCACUCAGGUACAAACUCCGCCAUUGGAACAAGAUUGUAGUUUAAGCCAAGUUAAAUGUGAGCUCGGCACAAUACUAGUUUGUGGGCAAACUUUUAGAGUUAUUAAAAACGUGAGUUUUUCAUUUCAAUAUAUAGAUAUAUAAAUAGCAUAGUGUAAAAUAGUAAAAUUAAUUAUAAAAAUGGAAGGGAAGAAAAUACAUUGAAGGUUGUCGUAUGUACAUAGGUACUUUGGAUUUAAAAAUAUUUUUUCUGUAAAUCACUGCAAUUUCAUAAACAACUUAACUACUUACAUCAUUACAAAACCAAAGAAAGAUGUUAUUAAUACGAGGACAGCAAAAUAUGUAAUUCAAGACCAUAAUGUCAAAAAUAUCACUUUAUCACUUAAACUUCUGAAAACAACACAACUAUUGAAAAUAAUGUUGUUUUUUUUAAUAAGACAAGUUAUGCAAUUGGGUGUGAAACUAUUGUCCGUCCGUCUGUCUGUUAGCCUGUGUGUCCGUGCCUAUAGAGGUUGUCCAAAUGGGGGAAAGUAAGACUAUGAAUUUCAAUAGUUUUAAAAAUAUUUGCAUGGAAAUUCAAAAUUUAGAUUAAAAAAACUAAAAACAAGAUUUCAGACCGAUUUUGUUCAAAAUAUUAAAAUGAAAUGCUAAAUUUCCUUUUUGUGAUCACUGCGUAUAUUAAUUCUUAAUUGAAUUCAAAAAACCAAAUGGUUUUAUGUCUUCUAGUUUUUAAGAAAAUAGAAUAUUACUAAGACUACUUUUUUAUGAGAUGUUUGUUUUUUCGCUUGCUUACAUUAUACACAGUGCUAGCACCCAGCAUUACGGUGUAUAAAAAGUGAAAUAUGUUUGGAGGCAUGUUGACAAAUAACCGUGUUUUAAAUUGAUUCUUUAAUUUUUUUUUUUAUUUUCAAAAAACAUAACCCCAAGCCCAACCAAUUAUCCAUGAGCCUGUUCAUGCGACUCAGUCGUGAUUUUUUUUUUGGUUUUGUUUAAUGUAGUUAAGGUGUGUAAAAAUGAAUUUUGACUAAACAAUAAAUAGUGCACAUAAAUGGGUUUAAUAGAAUUAAAGCAAAAUUUAAAUAAAAGUUCUCAUUGCAUUGUUAUGGUUUUCAUUGAAAUCCAUGCACCCUCAACUCCGUUUUUAUAGCGUUGUGAUAUGUAUGUCAUAAAAAAAAUAUUCUUACUCUCCUUUAGUUGAAUGAGACUGAUUUUCAGAGGAAAAGGAAUGGAAUUCUGGUUGAAUGUAGCUUGUGUUCAUCCAGAUUAAAAGGUUGUGCGCAAAUAAAUUCAAAUUUUAUCCGUCACUUAAAACUAAAGCAUAUGGAAGCUUAUAGAGCGCACGAACAAAAAAAAAUGACACAAAAUACUGCAAACGCUAAUAAUUCAAAACAUGACCAGUUUAAAAUUCUCGUAACACAAAUGAUCGCCGAAAAUGUUUUACCCAUUGCUUUUGUGGAAAGUCAGUCUUUCAGAAAAGUUAUUAAAUUUGCCAAUCCUGAUUUAAAAGUGAUGAGCCGACCAACCGCUGUUAAAGUUAUAGAUGACAUGUAUUUAUUAACAAUGGAGAAAAUCAAGAAAGUUUUUUCGAAGAGAGAAUACUUUUGCACUACUGCGGAUAUAUGGUCAACGAAGCAUCGAAGUUUUUUCGGCUAUACAUGUCAUUGGUUGGAUGAUUCUUUUCAAAGAAAAUCUGUUGCCCUUGCUUGCAAACGUUUUUCUGGCUCACAUACGUAUGAUCGUAUAAACGAUUUAAUCCUUGAGAUCCAUGCUAAGUAUGGUUUAAACUGCGAAAAUGUGGUUGCAACAGUGACGGAUAACGGUUCCAACUUUAUAAAGGCCUUUAAAGAGUUUGGUGUAAAAUCAAAAUUAAGCGGUGAAUUUGAUGACGGCAUAAACUAUGAAAGUGAUGAUUCCGAAAAUGAAUCUUCUGAAUUUCACAGUCAAAAUGAAAUUUUUGAAAAUUCCCUCCCUAAACAUAUAAAGUGUGCCACUCAUACGCUCAACCUCCUUGCCUCAACAGAUUUUUCCCGGAUUAUUCGACAAUACCCACAAAUAUUUACCAAGCACCAAAACGUAAGUUUGUAUAAAACAUUCACAGAACAUUAAUAUUAGGUAGUUAUUCAAUUUAAAUAAUGUUUUAAAGAUUAUGCAAAAAUGUUCAAAUCUAUGGAACAAAAUCAACCGGCCAAAAAGUUCUGAGGAAAUAAUGGCGAUCUUGGGCUCCCAACUGAAGUAUCCGGUAAUAACAAGGUGGAAUUCACUCUACGAUUCGAUUGAGGACGUAAUCAAACACAAAUCCAAAAUUAAUGAUUUGUGUAAAAAAUUUGGUACCCAAAACAUUUUUGAUGUUGACUUUGAGUAUCUGGAGGAAUUCUUAAUGCUGAUGAAACCCGUAGCAGAGGCACUCGAUUUUCUACAGAAAGAAAAGCAGAUGCUGUAUGGUUUUUUGUUGCCAACACUGGCAACAGUGCGCAAUAAAUUUAGAAAAAUCAAAACCAGCAAUGCACUGAAAGUAAUUCCUGCGGAUAUGAUUGGAAAAUUUGAAGAUGCUUUAUUGGAAAGGUUUACUAAUCACUUCAACCUAACUCCAGAAGUGCAUGACGCCAUUGUUGCAUCCGUGCUCUGUCCUUCAAUAAAACUGAAGUGGAUUACAGCACUUAACCCAGACUUCAGAGAAAUGAAAAUUGUCGAAAUUAGUUCUUUGGUCAGACAAAAGAUUAACGCUGAAGUUAAAACAGCAACCAUUCCUGAAGAGACUCCAGAGAUAUCAUAUUUUGAUUUCUCUGCAUCAGAUGCAAUUGAAAACGGUUCAAACUGUAACUUCACGGGAGCGGGAGGGGAUGAGUUUGACUCGUAUCUGGCCCAAACGUCAACAUCUUUCGAAAUGUUGAACAAGUAUCCCGCUUUGAAAAAAACCUUUCUCAGGUACAACACAGCACUUCCAUCUUCAGCCGCUGUAGAAAGGCUGUUUUCAUUUGCUGGAAUGCUUAACGCUCCUCGACGUGGAUCACUUUCAGACUCCAAUUUUCAGAAAUUGUUGAUCUUGAAAGUGAAUGGCGAUUUUGAAUAAUUUUUGUUUUAUAUGUUAUAUGUUAUGUUUAUUUUGUAACAUCAAGUUAAGCUGAUUUUGGAUUUUUUUAAAGAUUUUUGUUAUCUAAUUAUAAAGAAAUGAUUAUUAUUAUUUAUUUUUUUUUACAUUAUGACUUGAUUUAUCCUAGACAGUUUUUGUAUGUUUCAUGAUAUGAAUUUGUGUGGUUAUUUUGUUUUAUUUCUUUUAUGACUUUGAAAAUAAUUUGUUAUUUUAUUCAUUUGUUUUAUUUGGAAAAAUGUUUUUAAUUUUUGAUUUGAAAUAUAAAAUUUCGGUUAACAAACCUUCAAAUUGAAUAAUUGUUCAUGUGCUUUUUAAGGGAAAGGUGAACAUUUAUAACUAUUAAGGGAGAGUAGUUGCUUGCAGAUCAUUACAGACAAUGUAAUAUUUGUUUUUGUUUGUUGAGCCCUGAAGUCACCCUCAGGUCUCUUGUAAAUGGGGUUUUUCAAGAACUUAUAUUAAGAUCUGGGGACACCAUGAAGUGGCCAUUUAGUGGAUUUAUGUUUUUAGCUGGGUUACUUUGAGUUAAGGAGUAAGUUGAAAAACAUUAAUUAUUUUAUGCGAAAAAAGAAAUAUAACCAAACAAUCAAAAAUACAAACUUUUCAGGUUGUGUGUUUGUGAAUAAAUUGGUUAUUCUUGCGUCUUUUUAAAUAACUGAAAACCUCACACCGUUUUGACAAUCAGGUCGUCAGUAAAACCUGGCUCAACCUUGGGCAAAAUUCACCUCGUAUAAUUUCAGAUGUGCUUGCUAAGAAACAACGGUUGUUGUCUUUAUAACUGUAAAUUUAUAGUUGUUUGGCAUUUUUCUUAUAAAUAUUUUUGUUUGCGCCCGCAUAUAUCUCUCACUUCUGAGCUUUCUUGUUAUAAUUUUGUUACUUUAGAGUUAUAUCGAAAGAAAUAACAAUGUUAGUGUCACUACUGGAAAAUUUAGACCGUACACAUUUUCAGAUUAAUUCAAAUUUUGCGGAGUAUAUUAAAAGAUGGCGCGUCAAUGAUCACCUACAAAAAUAUCAAAUGUUUUUGGAACAGACAACCGAAAUCAAAAAAUCCCUGUUGAUGAUUUCAUUUCAACAGUUCCAAUUCCUUUCAUUCGAUAUUAGUCGAAUUAUUGCCAUCAAAUUGGAACUUUGUGAUAAUCUUAUCGCUACAUGUCAAAAAAUCAUUUUUAUAUUACAAGAAUAUAGCUACGAUUUUUAUGAUACGGACAAUGAAAGUGAUAUUGUAGAUUUAAGACAGUAAGUAUAAUUGGUAUAAAUUGAUACUAAAUGAUUAUAAAUGUAUGAAUUGUAAUACAUUUUCUUACAGUGAUUCCGAUUAUAUGUAUAGCAGUGACAGUGACACGUAGGAUGUAUAGCAGUGACAGAGACUUAAGGAGAAUAAUAUGAAAAUAUUUUUUUGAUUUAUUUUGUAAAAAUAUGUUAAAUAAUUUACUUAGUUUGUGUUUAUUAAUGUAAUUUUUUGUAUCUUUUUUUUUAUAUAAUUUAUUUAAUGAAAAUAAAUUUCGUAAAUAUAUAUGUAUAAAUGGAUUUUUUUUAAAUUUUGAUAGACUUUGUAUUUGUGAGGCUAACUACGAGUUCAAUAUGAAUUUAAUAAUCAAAAGAGCAAAGUAAAUGCUAUAGUCUUAAGGAACCUGAUGAUAAACUAUAUAGAUAGACUUAAAGCACUCAAAAGACUUCAAGCAAUAAAAAGAUUUAAAGCAGUAAAAAGACUUCAAAGCAUUCAAAUGACUGCAUUACAUUGAAUGCAAUCAAAAGACUUAAUGAAUGCAAAGAAUGUAAAAGACUUUUAAAAGACUUACAAGAAUGCAAGCAGUAAAAAGUAAUGCAUUCUUUUGACUUUAAGUCUUUUAACUGCUCUAAAUGAUUUAUUUACAAAAGACUUCAAAAUUAACUGGGAAUUUGUUUUUGAAGCUAAAGUAUUGCAUUAAGCAAUGUUAAUGCAUUCCCAAAAUACAAUUAAAUGAAUGGGACU